GUACUGCAGUAAGACGUGAAAAUGAACAAGUCGGAGAUGUUCGGCUUCUCUCUGGAGACAGAUGACAGGACGGAGGAUGAGAAAUCACAGAAUAAAGCGGCAAAGAAGGACAGCCUGGUCUCUGCUUUGGGUUUGGGGCAUGAGUCACCCAAAGCUCCCAUGGACACCGACUACCAGGAGGAAAUGGAGGAGACCAAGCCUAAAAUCAGAUUUAAUCUCAAUUUUGACAAAAAAAUUCAAGGAGAGCAGAAUGAUGGGAAGAGAGACAGUAAGACAUUUAACAUCGAUAGGUUGUUUGAAGCAGUGGCCAGUGGGGAUGUCAGAAACCUGGUUGGCCUGCAUGAUUAUCUACGAAGAAGCAUGAAGAAACUUUCUGAUUCCUUGUACCAGUCCUAUGGUAAGACUGCCUUGAUGAAGGCUUUGCUGCACCUCAGAGACGGCAAGAACGAGACAGUGGAAUAUUUAAUCGACAUCUCAGAGAAGAUGGGUGAUAUUAAAGAGUUUGUGAAUGCAGCUUACACAAAUGGCUACUACAAAGGCCAGACUGCUCUCCACAUAGCCAUCGAGAGGAGGAGUCUUUCCUAUGUCCAGCUCCUGGUCAGUAAAGGAGCAGAUGUCCAUGCCAAAGCAUGCGGGAAAUUCUUCCAGCCACAUGACGGCACCUACUUCUACUUUGGUGAGUUACCUCUGUCUCUGGCAGCCUGCACCAACCAGCCCGACAUGGUGGACUUCCUGUUGAAGAACGAUUACCAGCACGCUGACGCACAACUGACAGACUCUCAAGGCAACACGGUGCUGCACGCCCUGGUGAUGGUAGCCGACAACACCAAGGAGAACACAGAAUUCAUCACCAGCAUGUACGAUCGCAUCCUCAAGACCACCGCCCAACUGUAUCCAAACAUGAGGCUGGAGGACAUUGAGAACAAGAAUGGUCUGACACCUCUCAAGAUGGCUGCCAAGACUGGCAAGAGCGGGCUUUUUUCGCACAUCCUUCAACGGGAGUUCCAUGAGAGUCACACCAAACAUUUGUCCCGUAAAUUCACUGAGUGGGUCUACGGGCCGGUCCACUGCUCCUUGUAUGACCUUGCCUCUGUGGACUCGUACGAGAAAAACUCAGUCAUGGAGAUCCUGGUCUACGGCAGUGACAUUCCUAACCGUCACGAGAUGCUGCAGAUGGAGCCUCUGGGUCGACUGCUGGAGGAGAAAUGGAAGAUGUUUGCAGGUCAAAUGUUUUUCUUCAACUUCCUGGUCUACCUCGCGUACCUGAUCAUGUUCACUGUGGUGGCCUAUAACAAAGGAGGAAAGCCACCAUUUCCCAUCAAGCAUGACAAGACUGGCUACCUGUAUUUUGCGGGCCAGCUACUGACACUGCUGGCAAACUGCUUUUUCUUUGUGAUGGGGAUAAUAGACAUGAAGAGGAAACGGCCAAAGCUGCAAACGUUGCUGAUUGAUGGAUAUUAUGAGAUUCUUUUUUUUGUGCAGUCAGUCCUCUUCCUGAUCUCCACCACGCUGUAUCUGAGUGGACAGCAGGAGUACCUCGGCUUCCUGGUGCUGUGUCUCGCUCUCAGCUGGGUGAACCUGCUCUACUUCUCCAGGGGCAACAGACACAUGGGCAUCUAUAGUGUCAUGAUACAAAAGAUGAUCCUUAGUGAUAUCCUGCGCUUUAUUUUUGUCUACAUGGUUUUCCUCUUUGGAUUUUCAGCAGCGGUGGUCACUCUGCUCACCUGCCCUUCACAGAUCAGCAGAUCACAGCAGGGACGCUUCAUCCUUCCUGUUGGCCCUGAUGAGCAGUGUGUAUCAGGCAAUUUCAGAACCAUCUCCAAUACCACACUGCAGCUCUUCAAGUUCACUAUCGGCAUGGGAGACAUGGAGUUCACAGAUGAGUACCAGUACAUUGAGGUUUUCUACAUCCUACUCAUCUUCUACAUCAUACUCACCUACAUCCUGCUGCUCAACAUGCUCAUCGCCCUCAUGAACCAAACCGUGGAAAAGAUCACCAACGAGAGUACCGGCAUCUGGAAGCUGCAGAGGGCCAUCACUAUCCUGGACAUAGAGAAAAGGCUGUCUGGCUGUUUGAGGAGGAGGCUUCGCUGUGGGGUGGAGAAAAACCUGAGCACUGCUGCUGGAGGAGGCUGUCGCCGCUGCUUCAGAGUGGAGGAAGUCAACUGGAACAAAUGGAACAUCAACCUGGGCAAAAUCAAUGAGGAUCCUGGGUGCUGGGAUGGUGUCCGACAGCCCUCCUCAGACACCUCGCCACAAAGAAUAAACAGAGGGAGGAGCUGGAGAGGCUUGUUCGAGGGCAGUCGGCGACGGCGGACAUUCAAGUCCACAGAGAUGAGUCCUCUGAGCACCACGCCAGUUUAAAGAGAUUCACAACAGAAAGCUUCACUCUGGCUGCUCAACUUGACUGAUCUGAGCAACAAGGCAUUCAACCUAAAGACUGUUCAGUUUCAGUUCGUCAAAAACUGACGAUCUGACUGCCAACUGUUACUUUGACUGAUUUGAUUUUCUUUUUCUUUUUUUAAGUCUUUGAGGUAAUAUCUCACUGACAUGAUGAACAGCAUGUUGUAUUUGUUCCUUUGACUUAAUGGUGUAUAAAUGUGUAAUCUGUCAAUGCUGCAUACAGCAACAGGUGCUGCUUAAAUGUCAGGAGAAUAAUGGAUUUGAAAUACGUCAAACAUUUAAUCCAGGAGCUCCUGUAAACGCCUUUUCUGUCACCAGCUGAACAGGAUGCGCAUCCUCUACACAAAGGCCACAAACCUGCUGGCACCUCUGGCAGUGCUUAAAAAUCCUUCAUGGAGUAAUACUGAUCAUGAAGGUGCUGAUCCUGCCCUCCUGCUGUGUGCCCUUUAUACAAGACCCAUUUUCAUCACAGCCAGACAAGCUAAAUCUACUGCAGCCAGAUAGUCCUGCGGAUUUCACAGCUUGCUUUGUCUACUCCACUUCCUGUUUCUAUUUGGCAGAGGCUGGCCUGGAUAAAUGGCAUGAAAGCACAGCAAUUGGUGCAACAACCACCACCUUCAGCACCAGCUGUUGCAGUUACAAAUCAUGUGGUUGAGACGGGGCCUAUUGAACUGUGCAGCCACUCGUGAGACUGAUUGUGCAUGAAACAAAUGAACAGUCACAUACCUGAAGCAACUGUCACACAGCAUGACAACAUUUGAGUUAUUGUAUCCCUGUAAAACUGAAGUGAGCAGACAGCUGCAGAUAAUCCAGACGACAGUUCAGACUCAUUUCAAAGCAUAAAUUAGAACUUUAUUUUAUUAUUACAAUAUUACAAAAAGAGUAGCACAACUCUCACGCUCUUGCCUUUAAUCUGUCGUACAGAAUGACAUAAAAGAAAGGCUUGUGGACCUUCUUCCAUUUCACAGCAAUAGUACAAGAAACAAAAGAAGAAAAUAAAA